AGGAAAAGUGAAGUGCUACGUUAUUCAGUGCCUGUGGAACAUCUUCAAAAAUAUUACCGUUGCUUUGAAUUUGGACUCCGAUCCCUUUGUGAAAUCUGUGACUCUGGCUUCGAAUUUUGGACUUUGAUUUGAAUUUGAUUACUGAAAUUACUCUACUGUGUCCGUCGGAAACGUUUGGUGCUGAGAUGGACCCGCAAGAACCAUCGACUUCUUAUAAUAGAGCAGCUUUUGAAAUAAUUUCAUCUCAAAGAGGAAAACCUUUACUUCUUCGGGCUGGUUAUAGAUAUGAUAUCAAAAGAAAAAACAAGAAUAAAUCAACUGUGUGGCGUUGUGUGAAAAGAGAGAUAUGCCAAGCAAUUUUAAUAAUUACUUGUGCUAACUCGAUUAAAAGGGAAGAUAAUCAUAAUUGCCAGCCGGAUACAACUAAAAAUGAAUGUGAUAUCGAGAUGGAUGGGUGCCAGAAAAAAAUUAUUAACGAUGUUGCUUUGCCCAUUCCAGCUAUUUUUCGGGAAACGAUUGGCAGUUUAAAAGAUAAAGGAUUAGAUUUAAUAAAAAAUCUACCAGAAUUUAAAAAUAUUAAAAAUAAGUUUUAUCGAAAAAGAAAUAAAUCAUUAGGCGUAGAUAAAGUAUGGUUUAAGAAUGUUAGUAAAGUUUCAAUACCGCCAAAAUUUCAGAACUUCUUAUUUGCAGACUAUUGUAGUAAAAACCGAAUAUUGAUUUUUGCUAGCAAGUUGGCCAGAAACUUAUUUUGUAACACAAACUAUACGGUUUUAUGUGAUGGCACUUUUAAAUUCUGUGCUAAACCUUUUUAUCAGUUGUAUACACUGCAUGUUGAUAUAGGGAGUUCAAAAACUAAAAUUAACAUCGUGCCUGUUAUAUACGCAUUACUUCCGAAUAAAACGGAAAAAACAUAUGAAAUUAUGCUGCGAUUAAUAAAAAGUCAAAUCCCUGAUUGGACACCAAAGACAUUUAUACUCGACUAUGAAAAAGCUGUAAUGCAAGCGAUAAAAUCUGUUUUUCCAAACACCCCCAUAAGCGGCUGCUAUUUUCAUUUUUCGAGAUGUUUGUGGAGAAAAGCAAAAAAAUUAGGAAUACAUAAAUCGAAGCUUAUAAAAAAACAUAUUCGAAAAUGUACUGCUUUAGCACUUCUACCCCGUCAUGCAGUGGACGAUGCUUUCUUACAUAUUAUGGCUCGUAGUCCAAAUAACGAUCAAGUCACAAAAUUUAAUGAUUAUUUUGUGGAGACGUGGCUUACCGAAACUGCAUUUUUUCAUGACAAGUGGUGUUGCUAUGAUCAAAAACAUCGCACCACAAAUAUAGUAGAAAGUUGGCACGCGACUGUUAAUAAAAAAGGUUAUCAAAAACCACAAAGCAUAGCUCAUUUUUUAACUGACCUUCAACGUGAAGCUAAUUACUAUGAUACCUUAGUUAAAAAAGGAUCAAAUAUAUAUCAAAAGAAAAAAGAAACUCAAGAAAUUGAUGAUUAUAUUGAACAUGUAUUAAAAGAUUUUGUAGAUUCAGAGAUUUCCGUAGGAAUGUGCCUAGAGUUAUUAGUAUUUUAAUUUUAACUUACUGAUAAGUAAAUAGUCAGACUGAUUAAAAGUAAUUAUCAAUUAAUACUGUGAUAGCAACUUCUAAGAAAUAUUUGUAAUUUUAAGUUAAAAUAAUAAAUGAAAAUCCUAGAAUUACUUACUUUUGGUUUGUAGAUUUUUUGAAUUUGCACUUUUUCCCAUAAAGCCGUAUAUUUCAUAAAUGUUAUAGGUAUUAUAAUUGUUGACUGUCUUUAUUGUUGUUUACUACAUUUAUAAUUGAUUGUUACCCUUUUGAUUGUUGAUUAUUGCCUUUAUAAUUGUUGAUUAUUAGCUUAAAAACUGUAGACUUUAUGUACAAUUGUUGAUUAUUAUUACUUUGUGCCUUUGCCUUUAUAAUUGUUGAUUAUUAGCUUAAAAACUGUAGACUUUAUGUAUAAUUGUUGAUUAUUAUUACUUUGUGUGUUUAAAUGGUGUAAACUCUGUGAUGAAAAUCUUUUUUAACUGUUUAUUGCUUUAUAAUUAUUACUUUUGUAAUUUUUUAUUAUUAUGUUCAUUCAGUGACAAAUCGGUAUGAUUAAAUAAUUUGUAACAAACACAUAGUUGUUUAUUAUUUCUAUCCUUACACUUUUGCUUCUGAUUGUACAUUUUAUCAUGUCGAUACUAACGUGGGCCGAGUUGCAGAAUGAAAUUUUUGUUUAUUUUGAUUUUCUGCAACUCGUCCCAAAUGGGCCGUAGGCAUAUGGGACGAGUUGACGAAUA